CAUCUGAAACGCUCAAAAAGCAUUUGCCCGGUACUGUAGUAGAUGCCAAGUAAUUCGUAGGACUUGUCAGUUUGGAGCAUUAAAGUGGCCACUGUAGGGCUUAGCCUUCAUUGUUGACGCGUUCGGGUCUUUUGGUAAUCGCUUAGAUGGGACGGGACAGAUCGCGUUCAAGGGAUCGGCGAAGGUCCAGGUCGCGAGAGCGGUCUCGACGAUGGGACCGUGACCGCCGCUCACGUUCACGGUCUAGGGACCGACGGCGCAGCAGGAGCAAGAGCCGCAGCAGGAGUCGGGACCGCGCCAAGUCGCUGGCCUACGACGCUAGCAUCAGUGCUGUGCAGGCAAUGGCUGCUCUGCAGCAGCAACAGCAGCUCCAACGCCAGCUCAUAGCGCAGCAGCUGCUGCUGCAGCAGCAGGCGGCGGCCGCGGCGGCGGCGCUGGCGCCCGCUCCCCAGCCGCAACCGCAGCAGCAGCAGAGCAACACCAAUGCCACCACGCUGGAUCGCAAAUCCCGGGAGAUCUACGUUGGCAACCUGGCCAUCGGAGUUGUGACCGCCGACAUGCUGAAGGAGCUCUUCAACACCAUCCUGGCCAACCAGGUGCCCGACCCCACCAACGCGCCGCCCGUGGUCAACGUAAACCUGGACUCCUCGGCCGGUCGUUUCGCCUUCAUCGAGUUCCGCACGCGCGAGCUGACGGACGCCGCCAUCCAGCUGGACAAGCUGGAGCUGUGCGGGCGGCAGAUGAACAUCGGGAGGCCCAAGGGAUACGUGGACCCAAGCUCCCAGCUAGCCAACGCGGCCAAGAUGGGUCAGGCGCAGGUGCUGGCGGCGGCGCUGGCGGGUGCCGUACCCGCCCCCGCCAGCACCCUGGCGGCGGCCGCCGCCACGCUGACCGUGAGCACCCCCACCAAUGUCGUACUGCUGGAGAACAUGGUGUCGUGCGGGACCAUCCGGGACGAAAACGAGCGGAAAGAGAUUCUGGAGGACGUGCAACAGGAGGUGGUCAAGUGCGGCCCCGUCAUCGGUCUCGCAGUGCCCAUGCCGCCCGCCCACGUCGGAAACCAUGAGGCCAGCCGCGUAUACGUCAAGUACAGUACGGCAGCAGAGGCGCAACGCUGUCGUACAAUGAUGGACGGCCGUAAGUUUGACGACAAUGCGGUUCGCGCUACCUUCGUCACGGAGGGCGAGUUCCUACGCGCUCAAGCUGGCGAGUGGGUCGCCAAGCCGGGGCUGCUUAUGCCUGCGGGCGUUCCGUCGCUACCGGGCGUUACGACGGCGCCGGCGGCAAGUACGGCAGCGACGGCGGCGCCGUCAUUGGCGAGCUUGACGGCGGCGGCGGCGCUGCCUGGGCUAGCGGGGCUGGGUGCGCUAGGCGGUGUGGGGUCGCCGAGUGCUGCGACGCUGCCGCUGCAGGCUUCCGGUGGGCUGGUGCUGCCGCCGGGGUUUAGCCUGCCUGCAGGGUUUAGCCUGACUGGGGGGCUGCCGGGAUUGGGGCUGCCCAAGUAACGUGUGGGGCUGUGUGUAAGGGCAGCGGGCUGGGCGGAGGAUGGUGGAUUAGGGAUGCUAGGUUUCAGUGGGUGGGGGCUGAGUAGAGAAGAGUAUGGUUGAGCACUGGGGAGGCAGCACUUGGGGGUAUGGUUGGGUAUCGACCACAUGCAUGCGCAUGGGGGCAAAGGGGCCCGGGGCUAACAGGAUGGUCGCGUUACCAGUGUUGUGGAUCAAUCGCCGCUGCACACGCCAGGGUGUCUGCCAUUGUUGCAACGUGAGGGCUCAAGCAUGCUGUCUACGAACUGCAAUGACGUUUUCACUGUGUGGGUGAUGCGACGCGGUAUGCGGCAUCGAAUCCUUCCCUGCGCGUGAGCUUUUGCUGCUUCUAGGGAGGGCAGUUCUGCAUAGCUUGACUCGGAACUGCGGAGGGCCUUGGGUUGUUGCGGACCUGGGUAGCGAGCAGCCCUAGCAAGCAACCCGUAGCGGAGCAGACAGCGGCAGAGCCGCUAGGGCUGAUGGUUUUGGAGGUGUGGGUGUGUUACUAUUGACAGGGCAGUACAGGGCAGAGCGGUGAUGGGUCAGUAGUGUGAACGCAACCAUGGCCGACCUGUCUCGUGGGCUCUCAGGAGUUGUUGUACAUAUGUACGGUAUCCAGCCACCGCCGCUUGUCAAUGGUGAGUGUCGAGUGCUUGUCUGCUUGCAUGGGAAGAAGAUGGCGGGGGUGGGGGUGUCGUUGCAUGGUGGAGUACGCGUAUGCGCUCGUGGCCUUCCGUUGUUGUCGCGGAGGCUGCGGCGAGGGAAAGGGGAUAUCGCAUGCGCUCACAUCAGGCAGGUGUUGCCAGCCGCAGCGCCGGAGUGUGCAUCCACAGCUUUGGAAUGAGGGGUUUUGAAAGCUCCUUAAUGCAUGCGAAGCAUGUAACGCGCAAGGAAGUUG